GCUGACAUUUACUUUAAAUGUCAUUUACCAAUUUGAAAUAAUGAUUAUUUCUAAGACUUGAAGUAGCUUCUUUUCCACGUUAUAACCUUCACAGUUUCCCAGGUCAUUUUGUGAAGAAAGCAAUAGUAAAAGUACUUUAUUACCCUGUGGAUACAUGAUGAAUGAUGGCCUCCCUGCAGUCCAUGAUAGAUCAACCUCAAGGUAUGUUGCAUUGUCACAAUAUAGAGAUUAAAAACAACCUCUAACACAGCUUAUAUAAAAACAAUUUAUAGUCAACAAACCUAGUCAAAUUUAACUUUAAAUGACCAACUCCAAACUAACUUGAUGAUAUAAGUUCAAUAUUGAUGCCGUACCUCACUUCCCCUGGUGUGUCUGUAUGAUUCCUAUGGAGAAGUGGAAUCAUCUCCCAGGUCCAAUGUCUCAAUUUGAUGCACAUCACACAAAUUGGUUAUCUAAGUUUAGCAUUAGCAAGCUAUUUCUCAGCCAGUAUUUUUGAAGAGAGAUGUUGGACCACAAAAUGUAGUGUAACCCAUUGGGAAAUCUCUAGAACGAUCUCCAUUCACUUGACAGGAAACAAUCUUUUAGAUACAGGGUUGAAGAAUUGAUUGCGAUGGGUAAAAAUCAACAUACUUGCUUCACUCCCACCGCAGAGACAGUUUUAUCACAUACAACUUCUCCAUGAGUUAAGGACAUCAUUGCGACUAUUAGCAAUAUGCUUACCCUACUAGCUCCAUGACUUAGCACAGGCAUCCCGCUUUACCUUCCUAAUAUUGCCUAGAUUUACUGAGUAGUUCAUGUUUAAACUGCAAUUCCAGUUUGUCAUCAAUAAUAGUCCUAAAUAAUGUAUUGGUCUUUGUUUAACGGGGAAGUUGACGUUUCCUGGAUCAACAAUGCGAUGCAACAUUGAUCCUAUAUUCACUAAAACCAAUCAAGUACAAGUGUUAGAAUAGAUUAGAAGUUCCCAUUAAAGUGCAAUGUUCUGAUCCUUUUGUUUGUACUUUAAACUUAAUUCUGUGUUCGGUUAUUCUGGUUUCAGAUUAUUUUAACCAACCUUUUCAUAUCCAUUGGUCCAGUGUGCAUGGAUCCUCACAGUUAGGAGGAAGAAAAACGCAGCUGGGUGAAGAAGUCCAUCCAGCAGGUUCUUCCACACGAGUCCAUCAUGAAGUGGCUCACUUACCCAGCGACAUCUGUUGUUGCCUUCCAAUGACUCAAGGCUGCUGAACCUCUGGACUGAACUGAAGUACAGAGAUGUAAGCGGCACUGAAACACAAGGAAGACAAAUGCUAUAGAAGCAGCCUUUCCGCCUCCUCACAGUAAAGAAGCCCAAGAAAAGGAGGAGGAAGAGUGGGAAGACGCUUUCUAAGGCAAGUCAGUCAGUAAGUGUGUGUGUUACUUACAGGGGAUUUCAUUAGUGUGCUGAACAACGUUAAUGUUAUUCACAGCAAUCAUCGACGACAUUGUUUCAUGUCAGUGAAUUAAACAUCUCUCAAUGGUUAGCACCGUGGAACUGACGCGUUCUCUGUGUGCCGGCCAGGGGCCCGUAACAGGGGUCUCCCUGUUGCUCUCUGGGGUUUCUUUCCUUUGUGGGGUUUUUACACAUCUAAAACUAGGCUCCAGGGAAAACACAGGGCGUGUGUGUGUGUGUGUGUGUGUGUGUGUGUGUGCGCGCGCGCGUGUGUGUGUGUGUGUUGGAUGAGGCCUGUUCUGCUGGUUGGAUACCAUUGCCAGCUCAGGGAUUCCUGUGCAUAUUAGUGGCUCCAUGAGUUGUAUAGCUUUUUGUUUUGUGUGUGUACGCUUCUGUCUGUGUUGUUCCUCCCCCCAACCUCCAUAACCCCCUUUCCCAUUCUCUCCCUAUGUCCCUCUCUCUCUUUUUGUCCCAGCAUGGCAGCAGGAUGACCGCCCAGUGGACUCUCUCUCUGCUGCUCUCUGCCUGCCUGUUUCGGGCCUCGUGUUCGGCCCCGGCGAUACCGCGGCCGCCCCGCAGCCUGCACCCCGUGCGGGGCUUCAACAACAGCGGUGGCAGCCUGUCCGUGGAUCUGCCCAUGGCUCUCAGGGUGUUCAGCGUGGACUAUCACCACGUGCAGGCUCCCUUUGAGAUCGUGCUGUGGAUCAUGCUGGCCUCACUGGCCAAGCUGGGUUUCCACUGGUCAGGUCGACUCCCAGCAGUGGUGCCAGAGAGCUGUCUCCUCAUCAUGGUGGGGCUCUUGGUCGGAGGGGUGAUCUACGGCGUCCGCCACUCCGCACCCCCAACUCUCAGCGCCGAUGCUUUCUUCCUCUUUCUGCUCCCGCCCAUCGUCCUGGACGCAGGCUACUUCCUGCCAGGGAGGCUGUUCUUUGAGAACCUCGGCACCAUCCUCUGGUACGCGGUGGUGGGAACCCUGUGGAACGUGUUGGGCAUCGGCCUGUCUCUGUACAGCCUGUGUUUGCUGGCCCCCGGCUCCCUGGGAGACAUCUCCCUGCUCCACUGCCUGCUCUUCGGCUCUCUGAUCGCUGCCGUCGACCCUGUGGCCGUGCUCUCCGUCUUCCAAGAGAUGCACGUGAACGAACAGCUCCGCAUCUUGGUGUUCGGAGAGUCGCUGCUCAACGACGCCGUCACUGUGGUGCUCUACAAGCUGUUUGAGUCUUUCCUCCGCAUGCCGUCAGUGUCGGGGCUGGAUGUGUUGCUGGGAGGCUGCAGGGUGUUGGUGGUGGGCAUGGGGGGCCUGUUUGUGGGCCUCUUCUUCGGCCUGAUAGCGGCCCUCACCUCAAGGUUCACCUCCGGCGCACAGGUCAUUGCCCCGCUCUUUGUGUUCCUUUACUCCUACUUGUCCUACCUGACCUCAGAGAUGCUUCACCUCUCCGGCAUUAUGGCCAUUGUUACUUGCGCUGUGACGAUGAAGCAGUACGUGGAGGCCAACGUGUCGGAGCGCAGCAACACCAGCAUCCAGUACUUCCUAAAGAUGUGGAGCAGCGUGAGUGAAACCCUCAUCUUCAUCUUCCUGGGCGUGUCCACGAUACAGGACGUGCACAUGUGGAGCUGGCCCUUCGUCUGCUCCACGCUGCUGCUCUGCCUCGUCUGGAGGGCCACAGGUGUUCUCCUGCUGACCGCCGUGGUGAACAAGCUGCGGAGGAACACCGUGACCUUCCGAGACCAGUUCAUCAUCGCCUACGGAGGCCUGAGAGGGGCCAUCUGCUUUUCCCUCGUCUUCCUGAUCGACGACUUCCCAAAGAAAAGACUCUUCAUCACCACCACCAUCGUGGUCAUCCUCUUCACUGUCUUUGUGCAGGGGAUGACUAUUAAGCCUCUUGUAGAGCUGCUCGAUGUGAAGAAGGAGAAGGGAGCUUUGCCUUCUGUGAGCGAGGAGAUCCACAGCAGGCUCAUUGAUCACCUGCUGGCAGGAAUAGAGGAUGUGGUCGGCUACUGGGGGCAGCACUACUGGAAAGACAGGUUUGAUCAAUUCAACGUGAAGUAUCUUCGGCGUAUCCUGAUCCGCGAGGACCACCAGGCUUGCUCCAGCAUCCUCAGAGUUUACCAGGAGCUGGAGAGACAGGAGCAGAGGGGAGACGAGGACGUCCCACCACCAGUGGUCCCUCGCUCCCUCGGCCGUCCCCUCCUACCGCAGGAGAUGGACAGCAUCAGGUGUAUUCUCUCCACAAACCUACAAAACUUCAGCAACAAGACAGCAGCUUACAGCAGACACACUUUGCACCAGGACGCCGGCACAAGGAAGCCGCUUCACAGGCACCAGAGCCUGGAAGAGAGAAGCACAAUUAAUACACAGGGGGAGGACGGAGAGUUCCACGACUCCCGCAGAGUGAGAUCAGGACUCAGCAGGUCUCACACAGUGUGCUCCGUGAGCCCGAGGCGCCUCCUCCUGGACUCGUCGGCCCCAGCAGCUUCACCCCAGAUCGCCGACCCCAGAACGGCAAAGAAAAAACUGGCCUUUGUUCUGGAGUGCGAGAAGCAGCAGUGAAGACAGACCGCGAGAAGUAGCAGAAAUGCAAACCAGUGAAUACAGUCAUUAUGAAAGUGCCUCAUGCACAUUCAGCCAAACCGGGCUGUUUCUGCAA